GAGGCGCAGGUGAGCGCCGCUUCCGGGGUCGGGAACCCGCAGCGCCGCCGGCUCCGGCUUCCCCUCAGUUGGGUGCACGGGAUACGAUGGCGUCCUCCUCGGUCCCGCCGGCUACUGUACCGGCGGCGGCAGCGGCCCCAGGCACGGGUUUCGGCUUCGCCUCCAAAACCAAGAAGAAGCAUUUCGUGCAGCAGAAGGUGAAGGUGUUCCGCGCGGCCGACCCGCUGGUGGGCGUGUUCCUGUGGGGCGUAGCCCACUCGAUCAGUGAGCUGAGCCAGGUGCCACCCCCGGUGAUGCUGCUGCCCGAUGACUUCAAGGCCAGCUCUAAGAUCAAGGUCAACAAUCACCUUUUCCACAGGGAAAAUCUGCCCAGUCAUUUCAAGUUCAAGGAAUAUUGUCCCCAGGUCUUCAGGAACCUGCGUGAUCGAUUUGGCAUUGAUGACCAGGAUUAUUUGGUGUCCCUUACCCGAAGCCCCCCGAGUGAAAGUGAAGGCAGUGAUGGUCGCUUCCUUAUCUCCUAUGAUCGGACUCUGGUCAUCAAAGAAGUAUCCAGUGAGGACAUUGCUGACAUGCAUAGCAACCUCUCCAACUACCACCAGUACAUCGUGAAGUGCCACGGCAACACACUGCUGCCGCAGUUCCUGGGGAUGUACCGGGUGAGCGUGGACAGCGAGGACAGCUACAUGCUUGUGAUGCGCAACAUGUUCAGCCACCGUCUCCCUGUGCACAGGAAGUACGACCUCAAGGGCUCCCUGGUGUCCCGGGAAGCCAGCGAUAAGGAGAAGGUUAAAGAGUUGCCCACCCUUAAGGAUAUGGACUUUCUCAACAAGAACCAGAAAGUUUAUAUUGGUGAAGAGGAGAAGAAAGUCUUUCUAGAGAAGCUGAAGAGAGAUGUGGAGUUCCUAGUGCAGCUGAAGAUCAUGGACUACAGCCUCCUGCUGGGCAUCCACGACGUCAUCCGGGGCUCUGAGCCGGAGGAGGAGGGGCCCGUGCGGGAGGAGGAGUCAGAGGGGGAUGGGGACUGCGGCCCCACGGGACCCCCUGCGCUGGUGGGCUCCUAUGGCACGUCCCCUGAGGGUAUCGGCGGCUACAUGCAUUCCCACCGGCCCCUGGGCCCUGGAGAGUUUGAAUCCUUCAUUGAUGUCUACGCCAUCCGCAGUGCUGAGGGAGCCCCUCAGAAGGAGGUGUAUUUCAUGGGCCUCAUUGACAUCCUGACACAGUACGACGCCAAGAAGAAAGCAGCUCACGCAGCCAAGACUGUCAAGCAUGGGGCGGGGGCAGAGAUCUCUACCGUCCACCCUGAGCAGUAUGCCAGGCGCUUCCUGGACUUCAUCACCAACAUCUUUGCCUGAGGGACUGCCUGCCUCCAUGGUGACUGCUGCUCUGUGUCCCUGGUGCUGGGGCUCCGGGGGGCUCGGGGCAAUUCUGGGUGUUCUGGCCACCACUUCUGCUCUUCCUCUUGCUAACUUUAGGCUGCGGGCUCCUUCCAUCCCCUGACCUCCGUCUCGCUGAGCAGGCUCUUCCUGGCCCUCAGGAGUACCUUGGCCCCUCUGCCCUCCCUUUCCUUCUCCCUCCCUCUCCAGCAAGGCUGCUUCCUUCAUUAGGGUGUUGGCUCUUGACGCUCUCCCAAGUGCCUUGAUCUUUGUAAAAUGUCCUGUUGUUUCUAUAGCCCAGGAGGGGCUGGGGAAGGCAGGGGGGUGCCAUCUUCAGGACCUGACUGGACAGACGGACCUGGCUCAGGCAGCGGCUCUGGAUGCCCUUUGCUGUGUGGGAUGAACGUUUGUCUCAGUUUUUCUGAUAACUUUAUAGAACUCGUUGUGGCAUGUUCCUUCCCGGUGGGCCCUGGGAUGGAAGAUUUUCAAAACACUACAGAUGCGGGUGCCGGCGUGCACACACACACAACGGGAUGUGGCCAGUCUUACGUAGGUGGAGGGGAGCAUGGUCGGCCCGUGGGCUGGCAGCUCCUGGAGGUGGGACCUGUGAGGACUCUUGUGAUUAGGCAGGGGAUUGGCGGUCUCUGUUGAGGGUUGACUACUCUCCAGUCUCUUCCCUCACUCCACAUUCACCCCCACCAGAGGUGGCCACCGUGUUGCGUCUUGGGUGAGGCUGACUGCUGCUGCUCUUCACCAGGACCUCACAUCACUCUUAGGGCUGGAACCCUUCCGUGGGGGUGUGGCCGGUUCUGGAGGCUGGGAGGAUGAGCCAGGGGUGUGAGGUUCACUCCCCACGUUAAAUUUCCUCUCUUCGUGUCUAGCCAUCCCUGAGAUUUUAGUCCCAGCAGAAGGGAAUAUCUCUGCCUGGGUCAAGCCUGGUUAUUUCCAGAGCAUGGACGUCUCACGAGUGGGAACCUCCUCUGCUCCCUGGAAGUGUGCCCCUAGCGUACUUCCACCCCCCACCUCUUCUCAAACCCUUUUUCCAGCUGGGUUUGUUAUGCUCUUCUGUCCGUUUUAUACUGCUGCUGCGUCUCCCAGGGGACAGAUGGCCGCCUUUGUCAUCGUCACUCUCCACCCCCAGAGAGGAGUCAGAGCCGUAACUCAGUCACCCGGCCCCCUGCAAAGACAGCUGAGCUGAUGCGUGAUACUCUCAGAGCGCAGCGGACCCUGGUGAGCUGAGACGGUGCACACCCUUCCCCGCAGUGCCCUUGGGGCCCAGGCAGCCAUUCUGCGUGUGAUCGCACCUCCCCCCUGAGGCUUCUGCAUUUCUCUAAAACAAAGAUUUGGCAGCAGCCAGUGGCCUGUGGGGAUACAAAGGCUCUCUGCUCUGUAUCUGGCUGGACGGGUCUGUCUCCCAAGAAGUCAGGAGGUCAUAAAGGAGAAUUCCUCCUGCCCCUCCAUCUUCUGCUCCAAAGGACGUAACAAGAGGAGUCCCCAGUUAAGGACUGGAGCCCCUAUAAAAUCUUCCUGUCAGGAGCCUGAUGGAUCUUUUUCAUUCCAGCCGUCUACCUUUCCCCUGUUGAAUGCAAUAAAACUCCAGGACACCAGCAACUGUCAUUCUUUAGAAAUGGGUUUUCUGACCAUGUGGCUGAUGUAUCAUAAGCAUUAUGGUCUUCAUUUGUUGCUUCUGUUUUUCAUCUUCUUUGUUUUAUUAAUUAAUAAAAAAGAUCUUGUGUAUUUACUCCCAUUGCUGUCACCAUGUAGAAAAUAAAUUAUUGAAUCCAAA